AUGCGAAAAGCUUUGCUGGUUGCUUUAGCUACACCUUGGAAGAUUUUAAAGUACACGCUGAGUGGAAAGGGGGGUGGGAGAAGAGGAGGAAUUUCUAUGCAGCUAUCAUUGCAAAGAGGGAAAGAGGAGAUACAGCAAACCAAGGAGGACUCCUUUGAGUUGUUUCCUAAAGAUGAAUUGCGAAAUGUGAAAGUACUCCUAUUUGAGAAACUCACUGCUACGAAUCGUUUUGUGCAGUUGAAUCCUUCCAGUGAUAUUAUAUGCGUUGCUCUGAGGUGCUCUUGUACUCAAUUGGUGUCUGGAGUUUUAAAGAUGUUAGAAAAGAACUUCUGUUGUCACUUUAUUGCUAUCACGGAUUUUGAUUCCCAUUGGUUAUCCUCAUACAAUCGUCUUUGCCGAUUGUUGGACAAGGUGGCGUACUUAAGGUCGACUCAAGAUAAGCUGUUAACGACCAAGACACUCACAAAGUUGAGUAGACAAUUAGCGGAGUCGUUGGCUGAAGCUAAUGCCGAAGAAUCUAAUAGACUUCUCAGAAAGUAUUGCCACGAGAUCUUGGCCCCCUGA